AGUAGCCUUUUCGCUCACUAGGUAAACGGAGGCGCGCGCUUUUCAUUUUGUAAACAAAAAGGGAAGCGGCAAAGUAAUUUCAUUAUAUUUAGCCGUGUUGUAUAUAUACAUGAAAGAAAUGAUGGAAGUAGAUCAGCCUCCGCAGCGAGCAGAGAAUAGUGGCAAGAAACAGAAGCCUGCUAGACUUCCAUUGGAUGUGCAAGAGGAGAUAGACUGCCUGUAUGAGUUUGUGCCUGAAGUAGAACAGCAUUUUGAAGUCAUUGAUAAAAUUGGUGAAGGUACUUUUAGUUCUGUGUUUCUUGCAAGACUGAAGCACUAUCCUGAAAUAGAUCAACUGUUUGCUCUGAAACAUAUAAUACCUACCAGCCAUCCAUCCAGGAUUGAGGGCGAAUUACGCUGCCUGUUAGAGAUUGGGGGUUGUGAUAAUGUAAUGGGUGUGGAGCUGUGCAUCAGAAACAGGGACCAUGUUGUCAUAGUGAUGCAGUACUUUCCUCAUGAAAAAUUCCAGGACUACAUUCUUCACAUGAGUUUGCAGGAGGUACAUGACUACAUAAAGAACUUACUGAUUGCUCUAAGACGUGUGCAUAAAUUUGAUAUCAUUCAUAGAGACGUUAAACCAAGUAAUUUCCUCUGUGACAGAAAAACUAAAAGAUAUGCUUUGGUUGACUUUGGUUUGGCCCACAAAGCUCCAGUGUGUAAGAAGACAGAAAAUACAGAACCUGCUACGAGCACAUCAACUCCUGUAACCUCAGAUACUAGAAAAGGCAUACUCACACAGUCACAGGUUGAAUUAAACAACUCUGCUACACCAGAAAACCAGAUGAAUUCCACAAAAAUCGACAAGAACACGCCUACUUCAGAUUUCAAAUCGCGUCAGUAUACUCCACCUGUCAGCAACUCUUUGUUUGCAAGACGUGUAAAGUCACCUAGACGAAUGUUGCUAGCUAAGAGGGUGUUGUUAGCAAAGGAAAAACAAGAUGAUAUUUUGUCUCAGCGUAAGACAUCAAGCCAUCGUUACCAGCCUACAGCUUGUCAAUGCUUCGGAAAACCACAGAUCUGUUCAUUAUGUACAGCAAGAAGUAACCAGAAUGCUCCACGGGCUGGUACCCCAGGAUUUAGGUCACCUGAGGUACUCAUAAAGUGUCCAGACCAGUCUACUGCUGUGGACAUCUGGUCAGCUGGUGUGAUAUUUCUGUCACUGUUGAGUGGUAGAUACCCAUUUUUCCGUGCUAACGAUGACCUGACAGCCCUGGCACAGAUCAUCAGUACAUUUGGUAGUGAAGCGGUGAAAGAUGCUGCUAAAGCAUGUGGUAAGAACAUGAUAUGUAAUCCAAGUCAGCCUCACCUAGAUCUGAGAACAAUGUGUAUGAAACUUCGAACUGCUCCACUCAGUAAACAGACAUCUCGGAAAAACAAAAUGUCUCCAGAGGCUGAAGCUUCAUGGAGACACAUCCCAGACUCCGCCUUCGAUUUGUUGUCACGGUUACUUGACUUGAAUCCAUUUACACGAAUCACAGCAGAGGAAGCUUUGAAACAUUCAUUCUUUACAGACAUGGAGUGUGCCAGUUAGUAUGUAGACAUGUUCUUUUUGUGUGAAGUGCUGAGAUAUACCGGGUGUGACUGAUGGUGAAAGGUGUUUCGUCAUUAGAUCUCUCAAGGAACUGGCCAGUACAAAAUCAUAGCCUAGACUAAAGGAAAUUAAAAGAAGACAUUGAAAGGUUGUUUAAGAAAUGGCUAAGUACUUUCUGGUAAAAAGUUACCAGUACUUGUAAAGGACAGUUCAGUUAAACCAUAUAUAACCUAAACCUACACAAUAUGGACAAAUUUCAAAUUCUGUAACUGAAAAAAAAAUAAAUACAUUGUAACCAUGAAAAUGGUUAUCAUCUAUGCUGAAUUAUUGUUUUAAAACACUUACCAUUUUGUUUCAAAAUUUGUCACUGAAUAUUGCUGAAAUCACAGAUUUUUUAAUUGAUAGGCAUUUUUGCCAUUUGGUUGUAUUAGAGUUUCAGUAGUGACCACAAAAAAUGUUUUGAUCUUUGACCACAGGUCUAGCUUCUUUUCAAGAAUGCAUGGUCAUUUUUGGUUGUAGUUGAUAGCUGUGCCUAUAUUGAAAAUUUUAUAUUUGUUCAUAAAAUCAGUUUAAGGCCUGUAAUGUUGAAAGUUUUGUUUUCAUUUAUGUAAGAUAUUUUCUUCAGUUAUGAACAAAUUGUUUGCAUUUUGGUAAAACAUAGUUCUUAAUGAAUGUACUGCAUUUAAAGACUUCAAGAUUUAAGGCCAUUUUUGUGCAAAAGUGAAUGAUCUUUAAGGUAGUUCUGCACAUCUGAUAAACCAAAAGUAAUGGUGUUACCCAUUCAUCCAGAUAACGUAGAAUAAAACCUGGACUAUAAACGGAAAUGAAAAUCAUUUUAUGAAUUAAUGGCAACCUAUGAGUAAAUAUAAAUUAAAAUGCCAAUGUUACAUCUUUCUAAAGAUAAGAUAUGAUAUAAAAACAUUUGGGUGUUAAAAAGUUCCAAAUAAUGUCUUGAAAUCAGCUUGGAAUAUGCAGAUUUCUUUAAUCAUGUGCAUACAUUUCAAAAACAAGUACAUGGAUCUAUCAUUUUAUCUUGCCCUAUUAUAGACAGUAUUUCGGACUGUGCCAAGUUUAAUUAAAAUGUGCAUGCAGAAAACUUUCUAUUUAUGAAAAUGUUGUUAGAAUUGUGAUUUUCUCAUAGAUCUUAGGAAAACUUGUGUGAAAUCCAAAUUUUUAAAUUGUCUUAUAAAAAAAAUCCAGCACACAACCUGAUACUUUUUAUUUACCAGAUUUUCUAAGUACAUUCUGAAGUUUUGAAAAAAACUGGUUUAAGAAAAUUCUUUUGGAGAAAAUAUUUUGAUCUGAACAUACCUUCAAUGGAAAAGAUAGUUUGAUGAAAUUGAAUGAAUAUUAAAAUUGACCAUCAGGAUUACAGUUUGAUCCGCCUUUUCCAUAGAAAAGUUUUACUCUUAAUUUGUUGUACCCCACUCCCAACCCACAACAAAGUUGUAAGGGGGUGAAUACUGGUUUCAGGUUGUCUGUCUGUUUGUCCGUAGAAAGAAUCUUGUGCGCACCAACUCUCUGCAGCCCCUUGACACAAUUUAAUGAAACUUCACACAAGUGAUCUGUAACAACAGUGCAUGGGACAUGUUAGAUUUUUUUUUUUCAGAAAAAAAUUCUGCAGAGUUAUGGGACUUUGUUUUUUGUUACUAUACUAUAUACAUAGACACAAUCUUGUGCACACCAUCUCUCCUCAUCCCCAUGACUUAAUUUAAUGAAACUUCACACAAGUGAUUGGUAACAACAGUAGUUGUGCAUGGGGCAUGUUAGGUUCUUUCAGAGAAAAAUUUGCAGAGUUACAGGACUUUGUUUUUUGUUAACAUACUAUAUACAUGCAAUCUGCAUGUGCAGUCUUGUGCGCAUCUAAUCUUCUGAACCCUUGCACACAAUUUAAGGAAACUUCACACAAGUGAUCAGUACCAAUCCUAGUUGUGCAUGGUGCAUGUUACGUUCUUUUAGAUAGAUAUUCUGCAGAGUUAUGGGACUUUGUUUUUCUUACUAUACUGUAUACAUACAGUCCACAUAAUUAUGCAAUCUUGUGUGUGUAAAAUUGCAAUAUACUGUGUCAGUGCGUGCGGGGGGGUACAUUCAUCACCUUUAGUGAUAGCUCUAGUUUUUUCUAUAUUAUGUAAUAUCAUUGAUGUUAAUUAUUUUAAAGAACUCUGAUAGUGGUAAGAGGAACGUUUUAUUUUUUCAAAAUAUCUUGAUUAGUUUGAAUUUGUCAUCAAAAACAAUUUUAGUUGAUUUUUUCAUUGUAGAUUGCAGUCAUUUUGUGCAAUAAAAAGUUUUCUAAUGUCAGUAUUUGACUAUUUGUUGAUACUGGUUUUAAAACUUUCAGGAUGUCUUAGCAUAAACUUUAAAGCACUAUCAGAGCAACAAGAUUGUAAAGUCAGUGACUCUGCUUUUUUUGUUUAACAUUGUGUUCCAAAGGUCAAGGGUUGUAACUAGAGGGAUUUUAAAAUUAAACUUGAUUGUCAGCUGUAAUGUAGAGGAGUGGGGAAAAAAGGAUGAUUUAAUGAAGGAUAGAAGCAAUCACAGAUAAACAUGUUAUGAAAAAUAAUAUAGCAAGGAUAAGAAAUUUUAGAAUAGUGGUUCGACAGAUUUGCUUUUUUGUUUUAAGCAAAAUUGAAGUAUAUGGAUAAUCACUAGUUUGUGGUAGUAACUUGUGCACAUGCAGGGAUAUGCAUGUUCUGAUUAUUGCAAAGUGAUUUGUUAUUACGUAUAUUUUACUGAUACAGAUAUGCCAAUAAAGAUAGUAUUUUCUAAAUUA